GACGACUGCACAUAAGCGUUCUUCCUUUCCUGUAACUCUCACUUAUGUUUCCUACGGAAUCGCCAACAGAUUCCGCAAGUCCCGGCGGAAAUCAGAGCUCUGAGUUUACCCAACAGGCUGGUGACUCGGGUGCUACCUCUGAGCACCCUAAAAGGCACUAUCCAAGUCGCUUAUGUCGCAUUUGCCUGGAGACCGUGCCUCCAACCCUUGUUCCUCCUUCGGAACAUAUGCCUGGCUUCCUUCAGCGCGGAGUUCGUGUCGUCUACGAGUCUGAGGAUCCGGAGCUCGGGCGCCUUCUCAAGCCCUGCAAAUGCAAAGGUUCAUCCCGUUAUGUCCAUGAGGGAUGCCUUCAGACCUGGCGAUUAUCCAGCCCCAGCCACGACAAGAGACGCUUCUGGAAUUGCCCGACCUGUGGCUUUCAGUACCGGCUAGAGCGCCUCACUUGGGCGGGCUGGAUCAAUAGCCCAAUCAGUCAGAUAGCCUUGACUAGCCUCGUUUUGCUUUUGACCAUUUUCUUGCUUGGUUUCAUUGCUGACCCUAUCAUUAAUUUUUACAUUGACCCGGUGGAAACGGUGUAUUAUGCCGAUUACUGGGAGGAAAAUAGUUUACUUGGCGCCAAAAGUCCUACUUGGAUUGAUCACUUUCUAAAAGGAAUGACAUCGCUGGGGUUGCUGGGCUUCGUCCAGACUCUUUAUGGGCUCGCGCCAUGGCACUGGUCUACCGUACGAUCGUCCACGAUUGUUCGUGGUCGUGCCAGCACUGGAAGGGAUCGAGUUUCUUCUAUCCGCUGGAUCGUUGUUGUGCUCGGCAUUGCGAGUUUUUUCUGGGCCGUCUACAAAGGUGUAAGGGCGUGGAGCCGUUUGAUAUUGGAAAGGGCAAGUGGACGUGUAAUGGACGUCCCGUCACCCGACGACGACGAUGAUGACGAAGCCGAGGACAGCCACCCGAAAACCGAGUAGAUUCGGUUGUUAGUCUGUAUCCGACCUGGCGCAACUCUGUAAUAUCCCAAAUCGCACAACUUUAAGUUGUCACGGUCCUGUCAAUGACGUGCCAAUUAGUCAACGUGCGAAUAACGACACCGACCCUCUUAACCGCGGAGGAGUUUGAGAGAUAGAUACUGUUGGGAACGUUCUGUUCCCUUCUGUUCCUCUAUCUCGUUAAAUCAAACGUCCUUCGUGGGAGGGUCGAAUUGCAGACUCGAUUUCUACCGGCGCUCUCGCAGUGGGCGCUUCUGAUUGAGGUGCGGUACAUCAUCUGUUAUGUAGCGAGUUUUGAUUAGGAAUGAAUAACUAU